UUUGUAAUCCCUAAAUUCGAUCUACCGGUUUCCAUCUUCAUUGUUUGCUACUUCGGAAAUUCCAUGAAAAUCGAGUAUUUGUGACGAAUGGUGGAUACUGUGUCUACGACCCAGUUCGUCAUCAAAAGAUGGACCCCGGAGUUCAUUAAAAAUGCUUUGAAGUUUAUUGCUGAGAUAGAAAACGUAGUUAGCAGACUGGCAGAUGACGAAAAUUUGGCAGUUCAACACUUCCUACAAGACGUGAGUACUAUGUUUCCUCAUUUCGCAUCCUCUGCUACUUGCUUCGAACUUGGAAAUGCAGUUGAUUGGGCUAUUGAGAGUCUUUGUAGCAAUCCGUACCUUUCACAAACAAAUCGGGACUGUAUCUUUGAGUAUUGCUUAGAUACCAAUCGCAAAUUACCCCAAUUUAACAGGUACUAUCCGGAACUACACUUUAUACCGAAUGACUUGUUGCUGAUUAUUGAAUCCCGUUUAUUUGGUUCACAUAUCUCUUCAAUAAAGACAUUUAGUGAGACAGAAAAAUAUCUAGAUUCAUGUUUCGCAUUGGAUAAUAGUUACACCAUACAUUUACUUAUUCGUCUACUAGAACAGUCGGAACAAUGUGACAAGCCAGAUGAUUUACGUACUAUUAUUAUUCAUUGGUUACUUGCUGCAAUCCAAAAAGAUCACGAGGCGUAUAUUUCUCUGGCUUCAUACAAUCCUGAUCAUUUACGUGAUUUGGCCAUACAUAUUCCUGAUUUUGGAAGAGUCAUAUUAAAGCUGUUUGAUGAAACUGAACAUAUACGAUUCGAAAAAGUUGGGUCAGAGGAAAAUAAUCAGUGCACACUGAUAAUGAACUUAUUAAUUAAUCUAUUUAAACGAAUUAUUUUCGUUGAUCAUUUAAAUCCCCUCCUGUUAUCGCAAAUUAACCGAUUAGCAAAAAAGAACACUUCUGCAGCAGAAUUUUGGAAUUCGGUUGCGUGUGCUAUAAAUAUGUCUUAAAAUACUGUUAAAUAAAAAUGAUACAUAUUAAUGUGAUUGUUGUUUUGUAAAACUUUUGUGAAUACUAUCUCUUCCUGUUUGUGUUAAUAGCUUUGUAAAUUGGCCUUAAUUAUACUAUCCAUGGAAGAAUUCCUCAAACUAUUUAGCCGAUGCCUUUGAGGCAGCUAUUAUUUUGAAAAGUUUUCACAGUAUCCAGAUUAUUUCUGUUUAACUGAUGUCAUGUCAGAUAAUUGCUUAAUGCAAAUUGUCACUUAUACAUAUUACUAUGCCUUAAUGAUGGAAUGUGCAAAUUAAAGGGAUACUUCGCAAUUGGAGUAAUGAUGUAGCGGUCAAAGGGAUCAACUUUCAGACAUAAUCUCCCGGGCUCAAUCUUUUACUCACCUGAUUUAGUUAGGAAGGCCGGGUAUUAUCACUAACUCGGACAAAAUGUUCGGUUGAUAGACGAUUAUAUCAACUUAUACUCGGUUACUGAGUUACAUCCACUUGAUUUUCAUGAGGCAUCUCACGGGGUACUCCCACUAUAUAUUACCAGUUUACAUCAGCUUUAGGAACAGAAAAACAGUUCCGAAGUUGUUUGAAAACUGUUGCGCCUAUUACUCCCAGUGGAGCAUAUGUCGUCGACCAGCCUUCUUCAACCCACUCUGUUCUGGGCCUUCCUUCCUAGUUCUAUUCAAAUUUUGUCCAUUCUUCUCAUGUCUGUAUCCAUUUCUUGGCCCGAUUCGUUCUUUGGUUUUGGGGAUUCUAGUUGAGGGCUUGCCUUGUGACGCAGUUGGGUGCUUUCCCCAUUAUGUGUCCUGUCCACUUCCAGCGCUUCUUCCUCCACUGGGAUCUGGUUUAUUCUCCCACAGUAGGUUGUUGUUGAUGGUAUCCGGCCAACGGAUCCGAAGUAUUUUGCGUAGACAACUGUUAAUAAACACCUGUAUUUUCUGGAUGAUGGCUUUCGUAGUUCUCCAGGUUUCUGCCCCAUACAGUAGAACUGUCUUGACAUUUGUAUUGAAAAUUCUGACUUUGGGGUUGGUUGACAGUUGUUUUGAGUUCUAGAUGUUCUUCAGUUGUAGGUAUGCUGCUCUUGCUUUGCCGAUCCGCACCUUCACAUCUGCAUCAGAUCCACUGCGCACAUCAAUGGUGCUGCCCAGAUAAAUAGCUCUGCAAAAUAAAUUUUCAAUCCUACUGUUUUUUUUAUAGAAUCUAAUAUAUUUAUUCCGGAAGAACUAGACGAAUCUGCAUGAAAGAUAUUGAAUGAAAUCGUUAAAAAAGUAAGAACGAAGCUAAACACAAAGAUUUAUCUGCCAAGUAUUCGAUAUCUUUCAUUGAUUUUCUGUCAAGCAUCAAUUUGUCAUGAAAAUAAUCUUCAAAUACGAACAUUUCAAAGGCUGUUAAUUAUCAAAAAAUUUUCAAUAAACAGAAGUACAUCAACACCCGUAUAUUGACUAGGUGACUG